AUGGGUCGGGAAUACACUGUUUGCAAGGGCUGCGGAAAUUGGAUCUACACAGAUCUAAUCACGCAGGUCUACAAGGCCUUGGAAGGGGUAUGGGAACAAAUUCCCGAAGCUGCCCGUGUUGAACUCUCCAAGGCCGGUUUCAGGGCUCCGGUGGAGGACAAGUCGUCCGAUGAGGUGGCCCUUCUGGACCUAUUGCAGGCCCAUAUUGGGGAUCUGCCAGCGGACGUCCAGACAGCGCUGCACAACAGGAACAAGGUUCCUGAUGUUCCGCCAGAAGAGGCCGCCAUAACAGCCACGAACGAGCUAAAAGGGGCAUCCACCAAGUUGCGGUCCCUAGGCCACCGCAAAAUUCGUCUCCAAGCCAAGAUUGACGAAUCGAAAGCCGCCCUCAAGGCGUUGUAUGUUGAAAUGCAAAACUUGAUGCAAGAGCUGAAGGCGGCUGAGGAAAAUAUGGAAACCCUUGCCAAGACCUUCCGGGACAAGGUACUCCAAGCGCCCGUUCAAGAAGAAGAUGAGGACUUUAAUCUGUCCGAGGUGCUUGGAAGCAUUGGCCUUUCCCUUGAUGAAGCCCAACUCCAAAAGGUGCGGGAUGCCCAGGCCCAGCACAAGCUCCAGCGAAGGCAGAAGGCUGCGGAGCAGUUGCUGGCCCAUGCCGGUUUCCCGCCGGGACUUGGGGGGAAUCCUCCAGGUAUAGGGGGUCAGGCCAUUGCAGCCCAGUUGGAGGCUAUUGGGGUGACCCUGACCCCAGACCAAAAGAACAUGGUAAUCACUGGGCAGUGGCCCGGCCCCUCACAGACAAUCGAUCUCAAGGCGGCAAUUGAGCAAGGAUGCCCCAACAUGGAAAUCGAAGACCUUGAGCUAAGAAGAGAAGAACUUGAAGUGCAGCUGGAGCGCAAACGACGCAAGCUGGCUACCCAAAGCGCCUCCCCACCCACCUCCGUCAAAGAAGGAGGCAAGGAAAAAGGGGAGCGCAGAGGUUCGGAAGCCGAACAAGGUUUUGUCACUGUGUAUAAAAAGAAGUGGAAGGCUAAGGGCCAGCUUUCUCGGUCCAAAGACGUUGAGAAGGCUAGCACCCGUGUGCCCUCCGCCAGCCUUUCAGGCACUCCCGAGUCCCAGGCUGUUUUGACCACACCAUCCAAGCCAGGGACGGAGGACGAUUUUGACCCUUCCCCCUUUUCUAGGGGGGUUUUUACAAAUACUAUCUCACCUGAGUGGAGGGAGUUCGGUGCUUCCCCAAUCAAUCUCUACAACCGGUUUUCAGCCCUGGCGGAAGACGAAAAUCCCCACGAUGAAUUCACCUCCCUCCUCCUCAAGGCCAAAGAACAGUCACUUGCUGCAUGUGAGGAGGAAUUGGUGGAACUGGUGGACAGAAUGCCCAUCCGCCAAGGGUCUCUUGAAGAAUGGGCGGCCAACCAUGCAUUGCAUCAACUUGCCACUCACAGAAACGAACCCAGUGUUUGUUUGGAGGCAAUUGCAGAUGCAAAAAGGCAGCCCAAAGACGAACCAGCAAAAUUUGAAAUCACAGUUGCCAACGUCACAAGAUGGAGAGCUGAGAUCAAAACGUGGCUCCUAGAUAGGCGACCACAGGGGGUGUGUCUCCAGGAAACCCACCUCACAGCCAAAGAACAGCAUCUUGCCAUCCAUCAGUUGGACCAGGCCGGGUACGUUGCCUGGACCCUACCGGCCCACCCAACUGAGGGGGGCAAAAACUCUGGAGGCGUCAUGAUCGCGGUUGAAAAAGAUCGAAAUUUCCGAUUCCUGAGAUCCUUUGGUGUCGAAGGUAAAGGGUAUGUGGCAGUGGUAGGUAGAACAGGGAAGAGGGACAUUGUUUUCAUUUCCGUCUACCUUGAAACCAGUGUAGGCCUCACUGGAGGACACAACCCCACCAUUGUCGGUGAUCUUCUUGCCUUCAUUAAAGGCCUUACCAUUGAAUGGUUUGUGGCUGGGGAUUUCAACAUCCCACCACAAGACAUACUCGAAACCUCGAUUGAGUCCCUCUUGCGCGGGAAAGUGCUAGCUACCAACGAGCCCACCAUUAUGGGUGGCAAUGAAAUCGACUUUGCCAUUGCUAGCCACACCGUCUCAAAUGGGCUCGAAAUCAAAGCUGAUUGGGACGUUCCCUUCAGGGCGGAUGACGCCAUUACAGCUGGGUUUGCCGGUUUCACUCAGCGUGUUGAGGCGAGCCUCUAUCCCUCAGACAUCAGAGGUGAUGGGAAAAACCAUCUGCGCCACCUUUACCGGGCACUCAAGACUGAGGAAAACAUCACUACUCGCCCAUUUGCGGACCUUGUGGUGGAGGCCCAGAUGGGUGGUGCUAUGAAAUGCUCCGAGCAUUACCUCAUGAAGCCAUUCUUGAAUUGGCUAACAUGGUUCGACAAUGGGAAGUUGAAGCCCAGCAGCCGAUACAUAGAAGCGCAGGGGAGUCUGUCUCGCCCCAUCCGAGCUACCAGAGGUCUCAUAGCAGGUUGCCCUCUCGCCCCUGCUCUUUCCAGAGUUGUGCUCCACGAUCCGAUCUCGAAGAUGCACUCUGCCUCCCCUGUACACCACAUCGAUUUGUGGGUGGACGACUGCUCAGCAGAUUUUGUCGAUUCUCAUGCGCCAACAGUCGCUACUCAGGCCAUCAAGUGCUACAGGGAGCUUAAAGCUGACCUCGAGAACCAGGGCCUGAUGGUCAGCACCACCAAAACGGCUUUCAUCUGCUCAAACAAGGCCUCUGCCAGAGAGCUGCAAUCCUUGCUCGGAGAACAUGAACCCCCCAUCAAAACCUUAGGCAAGGACCUUGGUUUGGAUUAUGCUGCGGGACAGAGGAGGCGAAUCACAGUGGCCAAAGGCAGGCACGCUAAAGGAGGGCAGCGAGCCAGGAAAUUGACCAAGCUGCAAGUCAAAAGCACUAGCAUCCGGGUUAGACUCUUCAACGGUUCCAUCCGGUCCUCCGCCUUGUAUGGGCAUGAAGGGGUUGGGGUAGCGCCUAAACGGCGCAAAUGGUUCAGAAGUUUGCUUGCUGCGGCCUUGGGCCGACCCACGCUUGCCAGCACUGACUCAGCCCUUGAGUUCCACUCGAACAAGGUUGUAGACCCAGCCUACACCAUCAUGUCACAGCAUUUCAAGGCGGUACGGCGGCUUCUUCUCAGCUGGCCCGACAGGGACAUUGGCAGAUUGCACCAGAGCUGGGACAAACUCGGGCAAUGGCUGAGCGAAGCUGAACAUCCCUGGAAAAGGGCGGCUGGACCGCUUGGAGCCGCCUGGUGCUACCUUCAAGAGUUGGGGUGGGAGGCUAUCAGCCUCAGUAAGUGGCGCGUUGAAGGCGACAUUCUUGACAUCCGUCAGGGCCCUGACUUCCAUAGACUUCUUUUCCAGCUAAAACAUCUAAUUGACACCAGGCGACACCGCCGCAUUGCUCAAUCAGAUGGUGGCAAAGGAUUAGAGACAGGACCGGACUGGACAACCCCCAGAAGGCUCCUCAAACAAGCCAACAAGCAGGAAAAGGCGGCGCUCCAAGCGUUGUGGCAAGGCGCCGUCAAGGCGUCUCCAACAGCCACGUGUUCCCUAUGCAACCUACCUGCCACCAAGAAGCAUGUACUCUGGGAAUGCAAAUGGUGGAAAAAGCAUGGUGAACAACCGCCUAGAUGGUGGGAGGAUUACCCGGAGCAUCAAUCCACCGAUUGUCUGUGGAAUUUUGGGCUCAUGCCCAACCUUCCCAGGGAAAUGCCCUCCGGAGAUUCCAUUCUGGAAGUCCAGGGAGUCCUCCGCAAUCCAGACCAAAUCCCUAAAGGCGCUUUCGCGGCCACUGACGCCAGUGGUGGCCCCACCACUGACCAUCGGCUUCAAACCGUGGUGUGGGGGUUGAUAGUCUAUGAAUGGUGUGGGGACACGCCCAAGCAAAUUGGGUCCAUUGCUGGUCUCCUUGGUAAUGAGCAGUCAGUGUACCGAGGGGAGGCUAAGGCCAUCCAACAAGCGGCCCUUCUCCUUCCAGAAGGGACCGACGUCACCAGUGAUUGCAAAGGGGCCGUUGCGCCGGGGGGAGGCCCGGAUCCCCCCGCCGUGAAUCCGGCGGAUGGCGUUCCAGGGGGUAAAGGCGAGAUCCCCUUCAAGCGGCCUUCCAAGAAGGACAGAGAUCGCCUUGUGCAGCUGGGUUUGUGGCCACCUCCCAAGGGGCAAGGCAAGAACGCCCGAACAGGCCCACACCCGGCAGAGGAAAGGGGUCACGCCAGACCACCCACACCUCCCCCCGUCAGACGGCGAGCUCCAGCAGAAAGAAGUCCUUCAACGAGCCGCAGCCGCGCGCCGCGCCAAGAGGGGACUGAUGCAGAAGCACCAGCUGCGGAGUCCCCCUCGCAGUCUUCGCACUCGACGGAGCUUCGACGAGCCUCACCCGACCAACCGCGGCACCAACCUGAGCCGAGCCCAACCCCACCUGCCGAGGGGGGAGAGGCAGACACCGACCCAAUGCCAGUCAAACAGGAGUCAACCGAGGAGUUUAGCUCCGGAGAGUCGUCUGGAGAGGCGGCACCUCUUCCACCUUGGCCUCUCCUGGCAGAUAGCCUCCACCUCACGGUUGACCGGGUUCGCCGUAGCAACAACCGUGACUUCUGGCUGUCUAACCUCGGCCCAACCUUGUGGUUGGAUUGCUUCCCAACCUUCAAGGGUUCCAACCUCCUGGGCAUAGGGGGAACGCGAGCAGUGUACACCUCACCCACCUCAGACGGCAAGGUGUGGAAGAUUGCUCUCAAAGCAGAGCCCAGCCGCCAUGGGAUUGAGCAAACAAUUGGGCAACGGCUCCCAGGUUUAUGUGCCACUCAAACCAGGAUGGUGGGGACGGGGCAGCUCACCAUCCGCGACUUUAAGACCCUGGAGAUUGAGGUCUUGGAGGUUGAGCGUCUCACGCUGUUGCCUGACCAGCCUUCCAACCUCCAGGUCUUGCACAUGUUCAUGGUCCUCACAGCCCUUGUGGGUGCCGGCAUUUGGGUAGCGGCGUGGGCCAGAGGCGUCGUCCGCACGGACCAUGCUAGCCCGCGGCGACUCGCCAUCGCCUUCAGGCAGCGCCUCCUUGCCACAGAUGGGGGGAAGGAGGUUCUUGGGACUUUGGUCCGUCAAGGGGUCAUCAUCCCUAGUCCCUCGCUGAACCUGUGCCUCCCGAUGACGGUCAAUGGAGUCAACAGCAGCGGGGACUGGUGUGGCGCUGGUGCCCAAGAGGGGCUGGAUUGGACGCCACAUCACAAGCUGACGAAGAUGGGAGGAUGCUUCGCAGCAGAUGCAAAAGUGGAAGCGGAAGGCUUGAUCUUCGCCACUGACGCAAGUGGAGGUCCAGGAGGAAUAGACCCACGUGUACAAACAUCAGCCCUCGCAGUGGUGGCUAUGUCCUGGACAAAAGGUGUGCUGGUGGAAGUCGGACGGAUUACAGAGCUGGUCUACCCGUGGCAGCCGGUGGUGGACAUGGAGCGCCGUGCACUUUUCCGACUAAUGGAGCACACGGAGGAUCUGAUUGAUGUCACUAUGGAUUGCAAGCCGGCAGUCCAAGCGCUACAAAAAACACAACCGCCGGAGGAUGACCUGGAAUGGAGCAAAGUGUGGAAUGACAGGAAACGUAUCAAGGCAACAUGGGUCCCGUCCCACAAAACUGAAGAGGAAUUCCUGGCGAAGAUGGGGCCGGGCACGUUGUGGCGACGUGCAGCGAAUGACAUGGCAGACAAAGUAUGUGGAGCAGUGGCGGCGGCUGCUUACAGCCCAGCGCACAAGAGGCGUGUCAAAGAGUUGGACAAUGUGGUGCGCACACUUUCCCUGGCGUACGGUGCACGCGCAGCCCACAUAUUGCGGAAGCGCAAAGAAGAAGACUUUCCCUUCAUCCUGGACCAUGCGCAUUACAAAGAGAAGAUGGAAGCCUCGCAGAAAGCUGAGGGAUGCAAAAAAGAGCAUGGCGGAGCCAAACUCAACAAACGCCAGCGGCUUUGGCAGUUGCUAGACAACCCGGAGCGUGGGCAUCAAUGGGAGAAGGGCAGCGUGGUAUUGGAGCAGUACUGCGUCAACCAGCCGGAGGCGCGUGUGCGGGAAGAGUGGGGAAUCGGCCGGACAAAGGCAAAGGCAAAGGCAAGCACAAGCAGCAGGAUGAGCCCAUGCGAGACCGUUCCCCGCUUCGACAGGCCAGACACCCGGAACAGCCUUGGGAUAGGGACGAGGCGAGUGCUUCGGAACCUCCUGCGGGUCCGGUACGCCUACGGGAGAGAGGAGAAGAAAGUGCGGCCUCGCACCAAGCUGAGGGUGUUGAUGAAGAGGAAGACGAAAGCCAGCCUCGUACAGUCACGCUGGCAGAAGGACCAGGAGCUGGGCGUACUCGAAGAGGAUAUGCUCUGGAUCGGCUGUGGGACCCUGUGGGCAGGAUGGAUUAAAGUCCUUUUCGACGAGGCGGUGGAGGGCCACUACCACCACUACUUUUAUGGAAGUAUCAUCCGCAGAGCAGAACUGUUCAACCCAUGGUGGCAGGAACAUCGUCAAGAAGCCGGGGUCCUCAGACAGUCCCUGUUUUACCUGGUGGCUAUAACGUCAUGGUUGACCAUGCAAGGGGUUGCUCUAUCGGAUAUCACGGUGAGCAACGUUGGGCGCGACCCGAUGUCAGGAUCGCUACCACGGGCAGUGUUCUUUGACACGGCUGAGUGGUCGACGCUGCAGGAGGAGAAAUACAAGCUAUCAUGCGGCCUCGUACGCAUCCUGGAGAAAUAUGACGAGGAGCUACUGGCAACCAUACGUGGAUUGGUCAGAACGUACGACGGAAAGGCCAGCGCGCUUUGGAUGGCGUGCGUGGGCAAUGUCGGGCCUUUUGCCCAGCACCUACUGGAUGCCGGGAUUGCAAACGAGGAAUCAGAUGGAGGCUACCCGAACUUCGCGCUUUUCCCAUCUGAAGGCAACCAAUGGUUAUCAGCCUGCUGGAUGGUACAUGUGCUGGCUGCUGAGUACGGGCCACCGAAAGAGACCUGUGGUAAGACAAGCGAUGAAAGGCGGAGAAGGGUGGAACCACAGGAAGAGCAAGCCCCUGAGCCGGCGCCACAAGAGUUGCACCCCCCUGAGCCCUUGGUGGACAACCAGGCUCAGGGGAUGAGAAAUCCUGGAGUCGUGCUUCGGGAAAAUCCUCAGCUUGAUCAGCACAAUCCUGAGCACCGCCCUGCAGCUUUGGUGGCAAACCAGGCUGAGAUAGAUGAAGUUCCUGGAAUUGUCCUUCGGGAGAAUCCCUAUGCACCUGAGGCUGGUCCGGUUUUGGGUGACCCAAACCAGGACAGCUGCUCUGAAGAAAGUGAGGAGGAGCCAAUGGUGCCUGAUCCCGUUGUGCAUCCGGAGCCUCCCCCAGCACCGCCAGCUGUGCAUAUGUUGCCCGCCCCGUUGAACUUUGAUGACAUGGAUCAGGAAGUGGGAGCAGCCUUUGCCAUUGCUGAGAGGGCUCGCAAUACCAAGCCAGGGUUGGUGGCUUUCAAAUCCGAUCUGGGCUAUGCUGGUGUUUUCCAGGCCCUCCCCAAGGACCAGAUCCACGUGUGGUUCAAUGACACGGGGGACAACACUGCGGCAUAUAUCCACAAUGGAAGAACCAGGUACGGAUAUGAUGUUGGUGGUGGCUAUGUCUUGAAGGUUGGGACAAAGCAGGCGUUUGGGGAUGAGGUGGCGAUUUCGGCUUUGCUUCCUAAGGUUGCAGCCACCAUCAUUGGGGCUGGUUCCACGACACUGCAGGUGCUGCUCUCUGGGCGACCCUGGGAGUUCAGGUCCCAGUCGAUUGUGGAAAAAGUCGAGCUCCUCACGGAUUUUGGUUCUCGGAACCAGAUCCACCCUCAGUGGUCCUUGUACGCCUUCGCCCUCCUUUUGCAAUUGAGCCGACAUUUUGCUCUUCGCGAUGUGUCAAAAUCCAACCUGGGGAUAAAACCAGGACUCAGUGCCGCUACACCCAUGUUGUGUUUUUUCGACCUCGCGGAUUGGCACUUCGAAGGGCUCAAUGCUGGAAGUUGGUUUCCCAAGUAUAGCUUGCGCAGCUUCAUCGAGGCCCUUCGAUGUGUCUGUGACGUCACGCCGUUGGAGCCGUAUCUCCGCAGGCAGGCGGUGGUCCCUUGCCUCAACGAUAUCAUUGCGGUUCUCCCCGCCGCGCUCAAGGCAAACUUGGAGAUCCAAUUGGUCCUCAUGAACGGCCGAAUCUCUGAUUGGGCUCACCUUGAUGUUCGCCUUCUGCUGAGCCACUGGCAAGUGUUACCCGGCCUAAGCUUGGUGCACCAGGCUGGCAGGGGUGUCGUGAGGGCCAGUGGUGUUACCAGGACAAGGAUGAAUGAUCACUGGAUUGACAUGCCACCACACACCCUCCAUGCUUUGCAAUGCUUGCUUGAUGCAGAUGACCUUCAAAGUCGCACGCAUGCUCUUGACAUCAUUGGGCUCCAAGGGCGGGCCGCUUUGAAGGAAGCCGUCAAGCAGAGUGAAGAGGCCUACAGUCAAUGGCUGGAAGCGGCGUGUAAAGGGGGUAUGAGAGGCAAUGGAGACAACCCCUUGGUUGAAUGGCACGCGUUACAACAUGCAGCAGUUGCCCAAGCCAGGACGCUCCCGCCGAUUACAUGCUCUAUGGUUGAGAAAGCCAUUCAGAAAAUGCCCCAUAAAGCCAUUGGUGCUGACGGGUGGAGUGUACAGAUGUUGCAGAAGUUGGCCCCAGUGCAACUGGAAAGGUUGGCUGCGUUUUUCAACACUUGGGAACGUCAGGGUUGUUUCCCGGCCCAACUUUCUCUUGUUCUGGUCGCUCUCAUCAACAAGUCUGAGGACGAGGAGCGACCGAUUGGACUGACUCCUGUGCCUUACCGCUUAUGGGCCAAACUCCGCUGGCCGGUUUUCAAAGCAUGGCUUGAUAAUUAUGCCGCCACCCAAGACUGGGGCCGCGCUAAGAAGGGCUUAUCAAGUCUUGAUGUUGCGUUGCGCCGUAAAAUGUCGCAUGAGAUCCUGUACCGGAAAAAGAGACACGGUGUAACGGUGCUCUUGGACCUUAAAGCAUUUUAUGAAAAUGUCUCCCACCACAGUUUUGUGGCCCAGGCCCUUGCCCUUGAGGUACCCCCGCUCAUUUUAAAUGCUGCAAUCUCACUUUACAGUGCGCCGCGGUGGAUCAGUGCUGAAAAAUGUAUCUCUGGGCCUAUCAAACCGACGAAGGGUUUGGUAGCUGGUUGCCCCUUUGCCCCGGGACUCAGCAAGAUCCCCUUUGACAGCAUUUUACGCCCGGCAUGGAAUACGGGGCUCGCCAAAACCAUCGACCUCUAUGUUGAUGACACUAGCUUUGACACUGAAGCUGCUAGCCCUGAGGUAGCUGCGCGUAGGGCAGCGCAGCUGUACAAAGCUGUGGUGGGGGGCUUAGAGCAAGCUGGACUUCCCAUCAGCGUCGGCAAGACGGCCUUUGUGUGUUCUUCAAAGAAGGUCGAGGCUGCCUUAAAAGGGUACCUUCCUGAGUCUGAACAAAUCAAGGUCUUUCUUGGAGACUUUGUGAGUGCGUUGGUUGCUGUGCUUUGCUGUCGCUGGAAGUUUGCUGGAGUGCAGGCAGUCGUGGUCAAAGAUCGGCUGAAGGGUCAGCUCGAUGAGAUUUGUUGCAAGGGCAACUCAAAUAGUUUUGCUGCAAGGGCAGCUGAAGAUGGCAAGGGCCAAUAUUCAAGGCUCUGCCUCCAGGGGCCGCAGGAGGAACAGAAGCAGCAGCGACAGCCGUCGCUCAAGACGCAGAUUUCAUUGGUGCAAGUGCCGACUGCGGUCUUCGGCGUGGCGUCUGGGCAACAGACCCAGGCGUCCCUUCCUGCUCAGAAGGGAGCUGAGGCAGCUUCUUCUUGGAAGGACUCCUCCCGGUGGCAAGAACAGUCCACCCCGUGGAAGAGCCAGCAGUCUUCAUGGGGCAAAGGUUGGGGGCAUUCUAAGAACUACGGCUCCAGCAGCUCGUGGCAGGGCUCUGGAGGGAAUCGGCGUGAGAAGUGGGACAAGCCCAAAGGCUGGAACAAAUGGCCCAAGCCUGAGCAAAAGCCGGCUAAGGAGCAGUAUGGGCGAGGGGCUGCCCCCAAGGAGGAGGAGCCGGAGAUUCUCCUCGACCCAGUGGCUGGGAUUUUUGGAGCCCGGCAGCAAGGGCCGCUUGAGAGGCCCGACUCUGCAUUCAACGUUGCGGAGGCGACGGAGGAGGAAGUUCAAGCGGCGGCCAAUCGCAAGGCUGAGCGCGAAGAAGAAGGGUUCCACAGUCAGCUCUGGCAAGGAGCGAUCGCUAAGGCCCUCGCAGACCCCUCGCGACCCAAGUGCGCCCGAGAACUGAUGCGUGAGGGCAUCUUGCGAAGCUGGUGGAACAUGUCCUGGAAGGACGCCCGAGGCCUGAUUGACGGGACCUUGGUGGACGAGUAUCGCGACCGGUUGAUGCUGUACAUGGCAAAGUACAAGAAUCCCACCGAGGUGCCGCAGCCGAUUGUCGAGCGCUGUGCAUGCUUGUUCGCGUGGUUCAAGCAGAACUCCAGGCCGCUGGACAUUGAAGGGGACUUCGAUGCGAUCAUGUUCGCAGUGCCAGGGCAGAAAGUGUUGUGCUUUCGCACAAAGUUGACAGGGCCAUCCUUCCUGGAGCCCGCAAACCACCGCUAUACGAUGACAAUGUCCCACAGCUUGCCGUGGACAGCAGCCAUGGGUGUGGGCGAGUAUGGGGAGAUAACCCCGGGAGACUUCCGACUUCCCGUCGUACGGGACGUCAUCUUCUCGAUGGAAGGGCUCCUGCAGGAGAAUACGCCCCAGGUGCCUUCUGACAGCGAGUCGGAAGGCCAAGAAGUUAACCAGCAUCGUGUUGCUCAGGUCCUGAUUUCCGCAGGACCACCGAAUGUGCAACUCCCCUGGGAACAAGGAAUUUUCAGGGACAUCUUCGCACCUAGACCAGUGGUGUCACUGGACUGGCCAGAGCCCAAGGUUCUUGUCAAUGUGGAUGAAGCCGAACUAUCGUCUACACCAGGUCCCAGCGUUUUGCAAGACAAAGACAAGACGCCAAUCACAGGUGUCUUCAGCUCCUCACCGGGAGCCAAUGUUUUCAGCAAAGUGAUCAAGUGCAAAAAGAAAGAUGAGCCCUUUGAGGAGGCUGUUGCAGGCAUGUGGUUGAAAAACAUGCAGAUGUGGAAACAGCUGUUCGAGGCCUCCCCGUCCACCACUUUUGCCAAAACAUUACAGGAAUUGGACGAAGAGGAGAAGAUGUUGUCCCUUCGUGCCGAUGUGCAAGGGACCUCUGUGGAGGAACCCCUUCUCCCAUCAGAGGAAGCGGUGUACAAGUUCUGCAGAGAGAUAUCCCACAGGAAGAAGGGCAAGCUGGCACCUCAGAGCGUGGUACAAGCGUUGAAGUUUGUGAAAUUUGUGCUUUCCAUUCCAAAUGUGGAGAAUUCCAUCUCCCCCAGGGUCCAAGGCUUGGCCGACCGAGUGGCAGGCGAGCACGAGCCCACACAUCAAGCCCGGGACCUAACAGUGCUUGAAGUUAGGUUUCUGGAAGAGUGUGUUUGGAACGCUGAGCUCCACAUUGUCGAUCGAUUUGCAGCAGGGGUUUUCCUGUUUCAGAUCUUCAGCAGGAACCGUUGGUCGGACAUCAGGCACGUGCGAUCCUUGGAGUUCGAUUUUCUGGAGAUUGGCCCCGAAAUCUGUGGUUUUCUGGAAGGCAGGGCCAGGGAGGUGAAACAGUCCAACAAGAAGAAGAAACUCUCGUUGUUCAUGCCCUUGGUGGCUCCAGUUCGGGGGGUCCACCCGACGGUGGUUUGGGCCAAAGAAUGGCAGAAAGUGGCCGCCGAAGCAGGGAUCGUGCUCUCGAAGACCCCUGUAGGCCCUUUACUACCGGCCACCGCCCCAGACGGUGCCUGGCUGCAGAGGUCCAUCGACUCCGCCGAGGCCUCCAACUGGCUGACGGGACUGCUAAGGAACCGCGACCCCUCAACAGCGAGGGUUACCACACAUUCCUUGAAACACACUGCUCUGGGCUGGUUGAGCAAAUACGGCAUUGUGGGCGAAACACAGACACUCUUGGCACAUCAUUCUACUGGAGCGUUGAGUACAUUAGCUUACUCAAGGGACGCCCUUAGUGGCCCCCUCCGGCAGCUGGAGGAAAUGCUAAAGCAGGUACGGGAGGGCUCGUUUUGCCCGGACGCUACUCGGAGUGGAUACUUUGCCCGUGCCCAAGGAUCAGAGGCAGGUGCGUCUGUUGACCUCGGGUCCUGGUUGCCGAUCAGCAAGGCAGGCAGCUUAGAUGGGCUGCCCGCGAACUCCGAAAGCACGCAUGAGCCUUUGCCAGCUACAGUGGAAGGCUUUGAGGACGAUUUCCUGGGGGUUGGACCGCUUUGCUCCUCGCAAGGGAAGGUUUUUGAGUCACCAAGUGCCAUGCCUGUCUUGGAAGCAUCUGCGCCGUCGGUAGCAGAAGGAGACGAAUCCCCCUCGAAAGAAAGUGAGGAAUUAGACAGGUUGGCUACCGUGACUUCUGGGCUUUGCGAGGCGUUGUUCGAUAAGGUCGACACACAAGGUGCAGAUGAUAACGAGGAGGCAGAGAUCUCGCCCACCACAUCAGCAGACGGGUCCUCCGAGGAAACCUCUGAUGGAGCCUCGUCGGAAGAAAAGGAGGAACCAGCUUCGACCCUGAGCCUACCGGAGGGUUGGAGCGCGAUCCAGAACAAGAAGUCUACCAUGUUACAUCUGUACAAAGUAGGUCAGACGACGCUGAAAUGUGGCAAGUGGAUAAGCGUCAAUUUUGUAGAAAUGGAGAAGCCCUCAGCGAAGCUCCUGUUUGAGUGCCAGACCAUGAGCUUGGCAAACUUGAAGGCAACCGUGGAACAGCAGCCGGACUCAGUGAGAGUAGAGCAAGGGUCGCUGAAAUACCUGCAUCCGAGCAAGAUCCCCACGCGUCGCCAGGAAUUGGCGCAAGGCAAGCCAACCAAGGAACUUGUGCUGGACGCUUCGGGGGAUGGCCUCUCGGUUCAAGACAAAUCCUCUAAAGUAGAGGCCCAGUUGGGGUCAGACAUGGCGACUUACAGGGCGCUGCAAAGACGGGGUCUGGCCUACGACCUCGUUGGCAUUUUGAGUUUCAAGGUGCACGAGAAAUGGCUUCAGAAGGCCUUUGCUACCUUGCAGACCCCACCGCCCCCAGGCUUCAACCGUCCGACGCUGCAGCAGGUCCUGCGAGCAGAUCGGGCCUUGUGGAUGGAGCUUGGCAGCAAACAGCCGACCCUGACAAGGGCAGCGGCGAACGCGCCGCUCGCGGACGCCCGGUGCUUAGAUCAAGUCUUUCUGGAAGCCACCAACACGGUUGCAGUCAUUUCCACUUCAUGCCGACACAUCGUGUGGAAGGGUUCCCAGAUAGAGGAGGCAAAGGCGCUGGCAAGGGCCCCAAGCGCUGGGGCGACGGAAAAGGGUACGGACAAUGGAAAUAUCAGAGGAGGCAAGGGGGAGACCCCCAUGCCGGCCGCCUUGCGAGGCGGUGUGCCGAACGACGAGCAAGGAGAGCCUCUUUGUUUUGGCUUCAACCUAGGUUGCUUCCGGAAGCAUCCCUUCUCUGAGCACAAGCAUUCAGGCCAGGCGGACAGGCCCGAAGAGAGCUGCAAGGACUCGUACCCUGCUGCUUUUGCGAAAGGGCAAGAGAAGCAGCCCCCGCUCAAGCGGGUGGCUGAGCCAAUCCCACAAUUUUCCAAGCCUCCAGCCGAGGCUUCUGCAUUUUCACUUCAGGCGAGUCAUCACGGCGCGCAGAGGUUAUCCCCGAAUUUCGCAGACGAAUCAGAUGGACAGAUCCCGGGCUUCAAGGCGCCAGGAGCCCCGGCGCUGAGAGUGACGCCCCUACUGUCUUCUGCGACGGAUGUGCUGGUGGAGGUGAUUGAGACUCGAGCUGUGCAGUCACGGAGAUGGCUCCAGCGAGCCCAGGAGCUGCAGUUAGCUGAAGACGACUUCAAAGCCAAGCUGCCCGAGCACAUCCGCAGCAGCCUCCGUAACAAGAGAAUACUGCUCUUCAAAGAGAUGCUGGAAGCGUCCCACUACGCCGACAAGGCAGUGGCGGACGACCUGGCACAGGGUUUUGACCUUGUGGGGCAUUUAGACCUUCCGGCAGGCUGGUCCACCGACUUUCGUCCAGCAUUCCUCUCCCUGAAGGACCUGUCCCAACUGACGCAGGAGACGAACCACCAGGUCAUCAAGGAAGUUGAGGACUCAUCUCAGUUCUUGGAAGAACUGUGGCAGAAAAGUCUCGAUGAAGUAUCAAAAGGCUGGUCGGAAGGACCUUUCCGAGAGCAGGACUUGCCACAAGGAGCUGUAGUCAGCAAACGUUUUGCGAUCCAACAAGGGAACAAGGUCAGGCCGAUUGACGACCUGUCCCAGAGCCACAUCAACGAGGCAUUCGGGAGCAUGGGGAAGAUCGAGUUGCAUGACAUUGAGACAAUUGCAGCGUCGGCCAUAUUGUUCUUGAGGCACGCAGGACAAGGACUGCUUGGUAAAACCAUUGACCUGAAAUCAGCAUAUAGGCAACUACCACUGUCCGAAGAGGCACUCAACAUGGCCUACGUGGCUGUCAAGGACCCCAAUUCGGGGGAGGUUCGCUUCUUUAGGCUUCUCUGCCUUCCAUUCGGCGCUGUGGCGGCGGUCCAUGCAUUCAUUAGGGUCAGCCUGGCUAUUUGUCAUAUAGGAAACACGUUUUGGCACUUGCCUUGGAGCUCUUUUUACGAUGACUUCACACUGUUGUCAACACGACAGCUGGCCACUAGCGCAGAGGCCAGUGCAUGUUUUCUGCUAGACUUGCUCGGCUUUGAGUUUGACAGAGACGGAGACAAGGCCCAGCCGUUCCAGGAGGUCUUCAGAUCUUUGGGGGUCGAAUUUGACCUUACAGACAGCAGCAAGCAGAUAAUUAGGAUCCAGAAUACAGCAGAGCGGACCAAAAGUCUCAUCGAAGACCUGGCAGCCUUUCAGGAGCAAGGAGCCUCAAGCCCUAAGACCUGGAAUCGACUGAGGGGAAGGCUGCACUUCGUGGCGGGCCAACUCUCUGGGCGCUUGCCGAAGGGCUUCAUGAGAAGAAUCUCUGACAUCAUCAAUGCCCCCGCAUAUGUCAGGAGACAAAACCAAGCCUCCCUUUGCGCAGCACUGCAGGGGCUACGACACUACAUAGCCGAGGCGUCGCCGAGGAUAGUGCGAGCCCAGACCUCAGAGACGGUGUACGCUUUUACGGACGCCUCGCAAGAAGGACUCCAAGGCCUCGAAAUGGGCCUGGGAGCAAUCCUGUUCAAUCAGGAGGGGCACAUCCUGUGCUGGUUUGGCAUUGUGUUACCGCAUGACCUUGCUGAGAAACUUCUGCAAGGAAAGUCUAAAGUCAUCAACGAGCUCGAGAGCAUAGCUGUUCUCCUGCUAUUCAUUCUAGCCCGAGAGUUUCUGCGGGGGAAACAUGUGAUGUGCUACCUAGACAAUGAGGAGCUUGAGAUGAUCCCGUUCUACGCUCGGGUACCCAGCAAAUCCAACGUGGCGGACGCCCCGUCUCGCCUUGACUUUACAGGACUGCCACACAAUUGCAGGUUCCAAGACCAGGUGCUUCUUGCGGAAAUGGCCAAGCUGGUGAACUCGCUCGUCGGGAUGCACUGGCUGCGCGCCUCCUUCGCGCAUGAAUUGGGGCGCAUGUCGCUGGGCUCGGUAGAUCUGACGAUCGACCAUGCUGCACCUAAGAGGCCGGACCCGGCUUACACGAUUAUCUCCCAGCAUUUCCAAGCGAUCCACCGGUUGCUGUGUUUUAUCCCUGACAGGCAAAAACAGCAUUUUGAUGACAUUCUGCCUGACAUGUGGAUGGAGUACCUGCAUACCGAGUAUCCCUGGAAGCGCGCUGCUGGUCCAGUAGGGGCCCUGCUGUGUUACCUAGUUGACUUGGGGUGGACCCCGGUCAGUGCAUCAGCAUGGAAAUGCCCGGAAGAAACCUUCCAGAUCACCACUAAGGUCGGCAUGCAUCACCUACUGUGCUCCCUUGCCUUGGAAACGGACAGGUGGAGGCAUACUCGCAUUGCCCAGCAGGAUUCCCUUUCGCCCCUCUUGACUGGAAUCGAUUGGCACCCGCUCAAAAAGCUUAGAUGUAGGCUGCCGCCGCAGCAAAAAACUUCGCUCAUGGCGGUGUGGCAGGGUGCAAUCCGGGCAGACCCAUGUGCUACCUGCCUCAAAUGUGGAUGCGCAGCAUCUUUGAAUCAUGUGCUAUGGGAGUGUUCCUGGUGGCUAACCAACCUCCCAGAGCCCCCUGCUUUUGAAAGAUUCAGAAAAGAGUGGCCGAUCUCUUCCUUGUGGUCCAGGGGGAUGACCCCGGCCACCACCUACCCGGAUGAUGGCCAAUGGGUGCGCACAACUGGGGCGUGGAACGAAUCUCAUGUCAUCAGUGGAGAAGGGGUUUAUUUCGCCACCGACGGCUCCCCAGGCCGGUCCAAAGAUGUCCGAUUCCAUCGUUACACGUGGGCUGCAAUUGCCUUUAGAUUGGACAAUGCCGAACCCGCUGUAAUUGCAACGGCAGUUGGUACCUUGCAAACCCCGCUUUCGGUGUUCCGGGCGGAGGCUGCUGCUGUUAAAUUUGUUGCCGAGCACACUCAAGGAGAUGUUGACCUCACAAUGGAUUGUAAAGGGAUUCUCUCUAGGCGGGCCAAUGAGCUGGUCGACCGCCUGGUGGGUGAAGCGGCUGAACAAAGAAGAGAUCCACUCUAUGAGUCCAGCAUAAAGAAGCUGGAUGCUGUGAUCACUCAGGUCAACACCUUGUUGGCCAAGCGCUCUGCAGCCCUUCUCUCUUAUGAUAAGGACCAGGGCCCUCAGGUGCAGUGGCCGGAUAAGGAUGACACCCUGGGGGUGAUUGAGGCUGUUGACGCUGUGCUGGCUGGCUUCUGUAAAAAGGGGUCAGAUAGCAAGGUUCUACUGAUUGGUCAGGCCAAUAUCACCACCUAUCGAAGUGAGAUUCGAACUUGGUUGGUGGAUCGGGAUGAGUCCUUUUGGCUUUUGCAGGAGACACAUGUCACUGAAUCCGACACCAGAGCCCUGGUGAACAAAUUCCAGUCUGUUGGAAAGCAAGCUUGGGCGGGCCCUGCUGCUCCGACCCAGGGAGGAUCUUCAGGGGGCCUCCUCGCCCUGGUUCCUUCCCAUCGUAAUGCGGCGACUGGCCCGGCUUUCCUCUUGGAUGGCAAAGGGUUUGUGUCUGUUUCGAUCAGGUUUAGGGGUUGGGACCUCCUCCUGUUCAACCUUUACCUCCAGUCCGGGGUGGGCCCGACCGGAGGGGUUAACCCAGAGAUCCUUGGGCGGUUGGCUGCGCUCCUCAGCCAAACCAGCACACCCUGGCUGGUUCUUGGUGAUUGGAACUGCCCUCCUGAAGAACUCCUACGAUUUGGAUACGCAGCCAUGGUUAGAGGCCGGAUUGUGGUGCCGACAAGCCCUACAAUCAAUACGGGGGGAACUUUGGAUUAUGCCUUAGCGCUCAUGUAUGUGGUUUGUGGGAUACAUCCCAACCACUUGACCAUGAGUGGGCUUCCUUCAGUGCUGGGGUUGAGGAGCAACUGUUUUCCGCUGCUGCGGGUCGUGGGUGGAAACUGGAAGAUGCGUUCCUUCCCCUGGUUAAAACCAGCAGCCCGGAAAAAAAUUUGGAAAGGCUCGGGGCCGGCCUUUUGGCAGUCCUUCCUCCUCUGGACUUCGAAAGCACUUGGAACUAACCCUGACGUCAGAGUGAUGUCGCUCUUCACUCAGGCGAGGACAAGGAUGAAUGAUCACUGGAUUGACAUGCCACCACACACCCUCCAUGCUUUGCAAUGCCUGCUUGAUGCAGAUGACCUUCAAAGUCACAAGCAAGCUCUUGACAUCAUUGGGCUCCAAGGGCGGGCCGCUUUGAAGGAAGCCGUCAAGCAGAGUGAUGAGGCCUACAGUCAAUGGCUGGAAGCGGCGUGUAAAGGGGGUAUGAGAGGAAAUGGAGACAACCCCUUGGUUGAUUGGCACACGUUACAACAUGCAGCAGUUGCCCAAGCCAGGACGCUCCCGCCGAUUACUGGCUCUAUGGUUGAGAAAGCCAUUCAGAAAAUGCCCCAUAAAGCCAUUGGUGCUGACGGCUGGAGUGUACAGAUGUUGCAGAAGUUGGCCCCAGUGCAACUGGAAAGGUUGGCUGCGUUUUUCAACACUUGGGAGUGUCAGGGUUGUUUCCCGGCCCAACUUUCUCUUGUUCUUGUCGCUCUCAUCAACAAGUCUGAGGAUGAGGAGCGACCGAUUGGACUGACUCCUGUGCCGUAUCGCUUAUGGGCCAAACUCCGCUGGCCGGUCUUCAAAGCAUGGCUUGAUAAGUAUGCCGCCACCCAAGACUGGGACCGCGCUAAGAAGGGUUUAUCAAGUCUUGAUGUUGCGUUGCGCCGUAAAAUGUCUCAUGAGAUCCUGCACCGGAAAAAGAGACACGGUGUAACGGUGCUCUUGGACCUUAAAGCAUUUUAUGAAAAUGUCUUUCACCAUACCUUUGUGGCCCAGGCCCUUGCCCUUGAAGUACCCCCGAUCAUUUUAAAUGCUGCAAUCUCACUUUACAGUGCGCCGCGUUGGAUCAGUGCUGAAAAAUGUAUCUCUGGUCCUAUCAAACCGACGAAGGGCUUGGUAGCUGGUUGCCCCUUUGCCCCGGGACUCAGCAAGAUCCCCUUUGACAGCAUUUUACGCCCGGCAUGGAAUACGGGGCUCGCCAAAACCAUUGACCUCUAUGUUGAUGACACUAGCUUUGACACUGAAGCUGCUAGCCCUGAGUUAGACGCUGCCAAGGAUUUGGGCAUUGAUUGCACUGCUGGUAGAAGGAUGCACUGGCUGCGCGCAUCCUUCGCGCAUGAAUUGGGGCGCAUGUCGCUGGGCUCGGUAGAUCUGACGAUCGACCAUGCUGCACCUAAGAGGCAAAAACAGCAUUUUGAUGACAUUCUGCCAGACAUGUGGAUGGAAUACCUGCACGCCGAGUAUCCUUGGAAGCGCGCUGCUGGUCCAGUAGGGGCCCUGCUGUGUUACCUGGUUGACUUGGGUUGGACCCCGGUCGGCAUGCAUCACCUACUGUGCUCCCUUGCCUUGGAAACGGACAGGUGGAGGCACACUCGCAUUGCCCAGCAGGAUUCCCUCUCGCCCCUCCUGACUGGAAUCGAUUGGCACCCGCUCAAAAAGCUUAGAUGUAGGCUACCGCCGCAGCAAAAAACUUCGCUCAUGGCGGUGUGGCAGGGUGCAAUCCGGGCAGACCCUUGUGCUACCUGCCUCACAUGUGGAUGUGCAGCAUCCUUGACUCAUGUGCUAUGGGAGUGUUCCUGGUGGCUUACCAACCUCCCAGAACCUCCUGCUUUUGAAAAAUUCAGAAAAGAGUGGCCGAUCUCUUCCUUGUGGUCCAGGGGGAUGACCCCGGCCACCACCUACCCGGAUGAUGGCCAAUGGGUGCGCACAACUGGUGCGUGGAAUGAAUCUCAGGUCAUCAGUGGAGAAGGGGUCUAUUUUGCCACCGACGGCUCCCCAGGCCGGUCCAAAGAUGUCCGAUUCCAUCGUUACACGUGGGCUGCAAUUGCCUUUAGACUGGAUAAUGCCGAACCCGCUGUAAUUGCAACGGCAGUUGGUACUUUGCAAACCCCGCUUUCGGUGUUCCGGGCGGAGGCGGCUGCUGUUAAAUUUGUUGCCGAGCACACUCAAGGAGAUGUUGACCUCACAUUGGACUGUAAAGGGAUUCUCUCUAGGAUCCAGGGGAAACCUUCCAUCCACUCGGCUGAUCUUUUUGAGCCAAUCAGGGAGCACUCCCACAGAAUCCGCCCCACUUGGAUUGCGUCGCACCUCUCGGUUCCCAAGUUCAGUGCGAGGUUUGGUGCCAACCAACUUUGGCGUAGGCGGGCCAAUGAGCUGGUCGACCGCCUGGUGGGUGAAGCGGCUGAACAAAGAAGAGAUCCGAUCUAUGAGUCCAACAUAAAGAAGCUGGAUGCUGUGAUCACUCAGGUCAACACCUUGUUGGCCAAGCGCUCUGCAGCCCUUCUCUCUUAUGAUAAGGACCAGGGCCCUCAGGUGCAGUGGCCGGACAAGGAUGAGCAAGCCCCUGAGCCCUUGCCACAACAGUUGCAACCCCCUGAGCCCUUGGUGGACAACCAGGCUCAGGGGGUGAGAAAUCCUGGAGUCGUGCUUCGAAUCGUGCUUCGGGAAAAUCCUCAGCUUGAGCAGCACAAUCCUGAGCACCGCCCUGCAGCUUUGGUGGCAAACCAGGCUGAGAGGGAUGAAGCUCCUGGAAUUGUCCUUCGGGAGAAUCCCUAUGCACCUGAGGCUGGUCCGGUUUUGGGUGCCCCAAACCAGGACAGCUGCUCUGAGGAAAGUGAGGAGGAGCCAAUGGUGCCUGAUCCCAUUGUGCAUCCGGAGCCUCCCCCAGCACCGCCAGCUGCGCAUAUGCUACCCCCCCCGACGAACUUUGAUCAUAUGGAUCAGGAAGCGGGCGCAGCGUUUGCUAUUGCUGAGAGGGCUCGCAAUACCAAGCCAGGGUUGGUGGCUUUUAAAUCCGACCUGGGCUAUGCUGGUGUUUUCCAGGCCCUCCCCAAGGACCAGAUCCAUGUGUGGUUCAAUGACACGGGGGACAACACUGCGGCAUAUAUCCACAAUGGAAGAACCAGGUUCGGAUAUGAUGUUGGUGGUGGCUAUGUCUUGAAGGUUGGGACAAAGCAGGCGUUUGGGAAGGAGGUGGCGUUUUCGGCUUUGCUUCCGAAGGUUGCAGCCACCAUCAUUGGGGCUGGUUCCACGACACUGCAGGUGCUGCUCUCUGGGCGACCAUGGGAGUUCAGGUCCCAUUUGGUGGCUUGGUCGAUCGUGGAAAAAGUCGAGCUCCUCACGGAUUUUGGUUCUCGGAACCAGAUCCACCCUCAGUGGUCCUUGUAUGCCUUUGCCCUCCUUUUACAAUUGAGCCGACAUUUUGCUCUUCGUGAUGUGUCAAAAUCCAACCUGGGGAUAAAACAAGGACUCAGUGCCGCUACACCCAUGUUGUGUUUUUUCGAUCUCGCGGAUUGGCACUUCGAAGGAUUCAACGCUGGAAGUUGGUUUCCCAAGUAUAGCUUGCGCAGCUUCAUCGAGGCCCUUCGAUGUGUCUGUGACGUCACGCCGUUGGAGCCGUAUCUCCGCAGGCAGGCGGUGGUCCCUUGCCUCAACGACAUUAUUGCAGUUCUCCCCGCCGAGCUCAAGGCAAACUUGGAGAUCCAACUGGUCCUCAUGGACGGCCGGGUCUCUGAUUGGGCUCACCUUGCUGCAUUGACUAACCAAUAG